AUGAGCCACCUUUUGAACAUUGCCGUUCGUGGAUUGGACUUGGAUGCCGAGACUUCGCCACCACCAAACAAUGAUGAAGCCAGCAACAGCAUGCUCUUGCAGUAUCAUUCACCACCAUCAGAACAAGAACAAGCCUUUCUCUGUCGUAGUCAGUCCAUCAAACUGCGAAAUCCUAAACGAAAUCACCAUCGUACUAGACGAAGUGGUGGACGAUCUUCCUUGGCCUUUCAACGUCGACCAUCCGUGUACGCACCCAUGAGACUCUCUCCCACUUUCAAUGGUGGGACAAUGGACGAAAAGGAGGAAGUCCGAGAUGAUCAUGAUACCUUUACUACUUGUUGUGAAGAUGAUGAUCCUUGUGUUCCCUAUGACAAUCAAAGACAGGAACGCCUGGAUUUGCUUCGAGCUCUUGCAUCCAAGUGUGAGAAUGGUGAAGAACAAGGAGAAGAAGCAAAGAAAGAGGACGUGAUGCAAUUCAAAGGAAAUGUUCAGCAUGAUGCCUCUAUCCGACCAGUUUUCAGCCGCUCUCAUUCCAUGGACCCUGGACUCUUGCGUGGUGGACGUGGACGAGAAGAAGAUCAAGGAGAGGAACAACCCAGUCACAAAGCAGCUGCUGUAUUGCGCCGUAGUCAAUCGUUGGAUCAUGGCCGUCGUCGUCGUCGUGGUAGUCAAAACAACAGCAACAACAAGAAAAAGACAAAGUCCAAUCGCAAGCGCGCAAAAGUUCCCAAGGUAUCUUCGAUUUCCAGCGUGGAUACCAUCAUGAUGGAAAGCGACAUUUGGAUUGAAUGCCUUUGGUUCAAAAAGACCAAAAACAAGAGCAGUCAUAAGCGAACUGCCACCAGACGAAAAAAGACCUACUUCAAAUCCUUUCGGACUCAAAGAUGCUUCAAGCGACCCCCGGAUGGUGCGCGCACGGUGCUGUAUCUGGAAACCUUUUCUGAUUCGGACGAAGACUACUACUACUCUAGCAGUAGUAGUAGUGGUAGUGGUAGUACUACCAUUUGCUUUGGAGAACAAGUAGAUGACUGCUACGAUAGUGAUUGUGGAGACAGCAUGGAUUGUUUGUAUCAAGACUAUACCAUUCAGCGAGAAAAGCAAGAGUGUUGUCCCAUGAAGGUACCAGGAGUGAUUGUGCCAGUAAUCAAAGCACGUAGCAUGAAAAAGAAAAAAAAGAUGAUGACCAGUACUACCAAGACGCAACGUCGCAUCCGAAAGCGAUGGAGAGCCUUGAUCCGAUUGUUCUCGGUUGUGAAACCCACGAAAGGAUCCUUCUGA